GGUAUCGUGUGAUUACUUUCGUAAGCACCCUGUUGAGAUUUUUGUUGUGGUUAUUUCGAUACAUAUCGCGGUUAUAUAAACAGCCACGGGUAUCUUACAUUGUGUGUAAAACGAACAAGUACUCGAUCUUCUUACCUGUAACUUCUCAAGAUGAGCUACACUGAUCAGAAAGGAGACGGACCGAGUUUUGUAGGAAUAAGGUUUUGUCAAGAAUGUAACAACAUGCUUUAUGCGAAGGAGGACAAGGAGGGCAAGGUCCUACUAUAUGCUUGCAGGAAUUGUGACUACCAGCAGAUUGCGGACAACAACUGCAUCUAUGUCAACAAAAUUAUGCACGAAGUGGACGAGUUGACACACAUAGUGGCUGAUGUGAUUGCGGAUCCAACAUUGCCACGAACUGAAGAUCACUCUUGUCCGAAAUGUGGUCACAAGGAAGCAGUCUUCUUCCAAUCCCAAACCAAGAGAGGGGAGGAAGGGAUGAGGCUGUACUACGUGUGCACGAAUUCAAACUGCACACAUCGAUGGACAGAAUGACACCAGUUAACUUGUUUCAUCUACAGAGUGUUCACUUGUUUCAUCUACAGAGUGUUCACUUGUUUCAUCGUCGAGGCAGGUGGUGCAUACUGCAUGUUGCACCGACACUGUGCGAGUAUGGUUCUGCAUUAUCAGACAGUGUGUGGCUGCCUGGCUAUACCAUACGUCUAUGCUUAUGCCAUGUAUUUUCAUGCGUGUCUGGGGUAGGCCAGUAGUGUACACACAAUGACUGGUAUAAUAAUGUUUUGUGUCAACGAUAACGAGUGGAAGCAUUCAUUAACAGUUUGUUAAUUAACGGUACAUUACGCACUUUUUAAUGCACAUUUAUUAAAUAGCAGGACAAGCUGCAACCGUCUGUCUAAAUGCUUGUCAUUGAUAACAUGUAAGAUUAAAGUUUUCAAUCAGGCUAUGCACAUGCGAAAUGACCUGUGCACUUUUAUAAUUUAUGGAAAAUUAUAAUGACUAUUAUCACAAUA